AGCUUUUAUUUUGAAAUACUCCAACCAGAAGUCUGAGCUAUAAAAUUCACGUGCUAGGGUUUCGGUGUUCUCGUACUGUAGUCUUUCUGGAAACACCAUGGAACGAAUUCUUCACUCCCGUUUAUCAGAAGAUCAGAAAAUACACAUGGGACUUCAGUCUCAAGAUGGCAGAGAUGCAGAGGCCUUCACAAACGCAUUUCUGAAGAACAGUGUUCCCGGCCUCAGCAAGGAGGCAGUUAAGCAGUUCAUGGACCGGAAGGCUGUUGUCUUAGAGUUUUCCAGGAAGAAAAAGGAAAAACGAAGAAAGAAGAGGUCUAAAGGACUCAAUGCCAAAGAGAGAAGAGAGCUGAAGGUCUUUCAGCUGAAACCAGAGCACCAGAGGUAUGAACUUUUCUUGCCACUCCAUGAGCUGUGGAAGCAGUAUGUACGUGACCUGUGUAACGGACUCAAACCUGACAGCAAUCCACAGACAAUUCAACAGAAACUCCUGAAGGCUGAUUUUCAUGGAGCUAUAAUCACAGUAUCAAGAUCCAAAUGCCCGUCGUAUGUGGGCACAACGGGUAUCCUCGUCCAGGAGAUGAAACACGUUUUUAAAAUCGUCACCAAAGAGGACAAACUGAAAGUCAUUCCCAAGCGCAACAGCGUCUUUGCUGUGGAAAUCGAUGGAUUCGUCUCCCAUAUCUAUGGCAGCAAGUUCCAGCUGAGAUCCAGCGAGCGGUCGGCCAAGAAGUUCAAAGCGAAGGGAACCAUAGAUCUCUAAGGGAGACGCUAGAAUUGCGAGCAACUUUCCAGCUUUAAUGGCAAACUCUGGAUUGAGGGAAACUGGCACCCUGAUGGGAGGGCCACAGCUGCUGUUCAAACCCUCAGUGGCAGGAGGGGAGAGUUCCUUGGAUUCUAUAAGAACAAGAUGUAUUUACAGACUCUGUCUCAAGCUGUCAUUGUUUUCAGUGCCUUGUGUCAAGUGAAGUGGGAAGCGGUUUUCUACCGCUCCCCACUUUGUAGAAAAGUGCCAGUGUCUAAUCGAAAUAGAAUUGGCUCUGAAAUGUCAUUUGUACUUGGUUCAGAUACACGCUGCACAUUAAAAGAAAGAUGUAUUUAUGAAAUUUGAGUUAUUGCGUUGAGGAGAAUUUAAUUGUACAUUUAAUGCAUAUUUUUGAUCUACUUUUUAUUUUCUUAAAAGUAUACAUUGUGGCAUUCUUAAAAUGGUAGUUUAGGUUUUGGUGUAUGUUUUCAAAUGGACUAGACUGUAUCUUUUAAACUACUGGCCUCACAAUGGCUGGCAUAGGGGCAUCAACAGGCAAUGUACUAAAAGUAACACCAAAACGGCUUGUAAAGUGAUGUCGUAUAUCCAGAGGUUCUGUGUGUGUGUAUUAAUUUAUUUCUUAAGAAUUUAGUUUAAUUUAAUCUUUAGUUGGAUUUGUAUUUUCGAUGAAGCAUCACUGUCGAGUCCAACUGCCUUUAAUUAAUAAUCGUUUGUUUUACUCCCGGUUUUGUAGUUUCCUCUACUAAAGGCAGCCAUGUCGCAGCAUGUGUUGCCACUCAGUUCGACUGAGGGGGCGUAUUCCGGUGGGAAAGUGACGUCAAUGCAUACCCUCUAUUGAGACACCUUUUCUGUAAAUUUAAGCUGGGAUAAAUGACACAUGACAACAUGGCUGAAGCUCUCUUUUACAUAGCCUGACAUGAUCACAGCUUCAGUUCCUGUUUUAGUAACUAACAUUAUGCAUGCUAGGACAGGCAGUGCAGUAGCUGUCCCUCAACUGUGCCUGCUGCAUCUAAACCAUGUAUCUCAGGUCCUUAACCUGGGGAGUUAAAAGCAAGGGUGUGAAGUAUUGCCAUGAAAUAAGAACUGAUUUGUACAUUUUAAAUUGUGUAUCGGUGCUAGCCAUUGUUAAGCUUGCAGGUCACUGAAAAUUUCUGUAUGUAAAAUAUAUUUAAUUACGUAAAAAAAACCUUUGUCUGGGCUAAUUGAAAACAUACACUAAAAUUGAAAUUAUGGCCAAAAAAAAAAGAAACUAAAGUGAACUAUCCCUUCAUUGAGAAUUGCAGUACCAGUGGAAUCCACGAGGGGGAUCUAUAACCAAAUCAAUCGGUUUUUAAAAAUUUUUUUUAACCAUUUCUUUUUCCAAGUUCAUAAAUGGUUUGAUGUUCGGUUUGUGCACUUGAACCGUUUCAUUGGUGCCAGGAAUACACUGAUAGAUCCAAUCAGACAUUUAAUUUCUCCACUUUUCUGAUGCAAGUGUGAGGAACAUGUCCGUUUUAUAAGCAAGCACUGUCCCUCAAGGACCGUAUAUCAGAGGUUGUUAUCGUUUGAUGCAUCUUAAUGUGUCAUGCCUCAAAAUAUAAAAUAAAAAUGAAAAGUA